GCCAUGCAAAGUGAAUUGUACAACUGCACCCCCAGUCGUCUUGAUCUUGUACACUUCUGCCCUCAUCUCGUCGCUUUGCAGAGACGGUAUUCCUCAUGCUGUCGCUUUGUCCUGCCGGCUGAGAAGUCUAAGCCUCCUUGUUCGGCUCAUCACUCCAUCAGCGCGGACCCUAGCCUACUGUACCCCCGCUUAUAGAACCGCGGCGGGCAUCAAGAGCCGCUCACCCAACCUCGCGCAGCAAGCAGCUCUCUCCUCACACUCGUUUCCAGGAGACGGCGACGGCGAAUGUGCCCUCUUCGCGCGUUUGUCAAUUCCACGUGCUGACCGACGCACCGUUCUUCAAUACAUCACGACACUCCGUUCCCCGCUUUCGACCCGCCCAACCAUCCAGGCCUCAACACCCUCUCACCCAUCACCAUGGAGCCGUUAUCGAUUGACUCGGUGGUAGUUGACGCUUCCACUGACCUUGCACCCGGAACACCCAGGCCCCCUCCGAGCGAAGCCAUACCGAUCGACCGACCGAAGCUAAAGGGCCGGCAGCGCCUGCUACAUGGACUACAACGGAUGGGCUCUUCGCCGAGCCUCGCGGGCUUGAGCAGAUCGCGCUCACACAGCCUGAGGGCAACCGGGAAGGCGUCUAUGUCUUGUGUUUCGCUGGCAUCGGCGGGCUCGCCGUACAGCUAUUCGUACGGCAGCUCCUACUCCUCAGAGAUGUCUGCGGGCUUCUCGACCGCCCCUACCUCUGUCGCAAAUAGUCCUCCAGGCAGCCCACUGUUCGACGAGAAGGCGAGGUUCCGCAUGAUCAACCCCGAUGGCCCUACUUCCGUUCCGCUGCCUUCAGAUCUGCGACCACUGUCCAGGGAGGGACCCGAGGCCGAGAACGACUAUUUCUCGCGGCCCGUCAGGAAGAAGGCCCAGCGCCGGCCCAACUUCAAUUUCUGGGCCGAUAUGCCCCCCGAGGUCCGCAUGCAUAUUCUUCGAUACUUGAAACCUAAGGAAAUCGUGCGCUGCUCAGCCGUUUCCAAGGCUUGGUAUGCCAUGUGCUUCGACGGCCAGCUCUGGAGCGAUCUCGACACCAGCGAAUUCUAUCGCGACAUCACCGCUGGGGCUCUCGUCAACAUCAUUACGUCUGCUGGCCCUUUCGUCCGCGAUCUCAAUCUAAGAGGCUGCGUGCAAUUGCGAGAGCAGUGGAACAAGAAGGGCUUGAUCGAAGCUUGCCGGAACCUGGAGCACUUUUCGCUCGAAGGCUGCCGAAUCGACAGGACAUCAAUCCAUUGCUUCCUCCUUCAGAACAGCCGACUCGUCCACGUCAAUCUCUCUGGUCUCGCCGGAGCAACGAAUGCCGCCAUGAAGAUUAUCGCGUCGCACUGCCCCCGGGUGGAGCACCUCAACAUUUCGUGGUGCAACAACAUCGACACGCGUGGCCUUCGCAAAGUCAUCGAAGGCUGCCCGAGGUUGCGGGAUCUCCGCGCCGGCGAAGUGCGAGGCUGGGACGACAUAGACUUAAUGGUCGAGCUGUUCAAGCGCAACACACUCGAGAGACUCGUCCUUAUGAACUGCGAUAGUCUCAAUGACGACUCACUUGCUGCACUCAUCGAAGGUGUCGACAACGAAAUAGACGUCCUUACCGGCCGCCCCAUCGUUCCACCUCGGCGGCUAAAGCACCUUGAUCUCACGCGGUGUCGCGGGAUCACUGACGACGGCGUAAAGACCCUGACUGGAAACGUGCCUCUCUUGGAAGGCCUGCAGCUGUCGAAAUGUCACAGCUUGACCGAUGUGACACUAAACUCUUUGCUCCCCACGGUGCCCGUUCUUACUCACUUGGAUAUCGAGGAGCUCGAUGGCCUGACCAACGACGUCUUGAAGACCCUGUCUAUCUCGCCCUGCGCUCCUCACCUUCGACAUCUUUGCAUUUCCUAUUGCGAGAACCUAGGCGAUUCCGGAAUGCUCCCUGUUCUAAAAGCUUGCUCGAGUCUCUCCUCGCUUGAAAUGGACAACACUCGCAUCUCGGACCUCGUGCUUGCCGAGGCAGCCUCAUGCAUUCGCACGCGCAAUCGCUGUGCAAGAGCACUUACAGGAUCGGAACGGCCUCAUAUCGGCCUCCGUAUCGUAGCUUACGAUUGCGCUAAUGUUACAUGGACUGGUGUUCGAGAAGUUCUGUCGCGAAAUGCAGAGAUUUCUCGGCCAUCUCCCAAUUCUCCUUCGACUACACCCACUUACCCGAGAGAGAUCAUCGGUCUGAAGUGCUUCUACAACUGGCAGCCUACCGUCGAAGAGCACACUAAGCGGGUCUUGAGAGGCGACUUCGCGGCUGCAGCGCGUCUAGAGCGCAAGUGGGCUGAUUGGAUGAUGUUGAAUGAAGAGGCUGGUAUGGGUGGAGCUGGCGCUCGUCGCCGGCGAAGACGAGCUAGGGAAGCCCAGCUUAUGCAUGCCGAUGAAGAAGAAGGUGGCGCUGGCGUUGGGGCUGGUGGCAUCGGCAUCGGCCGUCGACGACGAGCUCGGAGCGGCCCUGGGGGCUGUGUCGUCAUGUGAGCAAACCUAUUCGCUCCCCCUUCGUGGGUCCUUGGAUAAGGUUCCACUUUUCUGGCAUACUCUACUUGGGCAGGUUCGCAUUCCCUUUUUCUGAAUCUCGUUUGUUUGCCGUCCAGUUAGUCGCCUCCAGUCAUUUCCUUUCUUUGGAUAGACCAGGGCAUUCCGGAGUUUGGGUUCGAGAGAGAAUACCUGCACAGGUCAUGGAUAUCUUUGUCUGGUCAUUUCUUUGUUGUCUAUGCUCCGCAUGCACACAUGGCUGCCACUCUGUGUGGCUAGCCCAGCAUCUCUACCCACUUAUUCUUUUUUCAGUUUGGUCUACUCCAGACUCAUAUAGGGGUUUAUCGUGGAUGCAUUGUUUGCUACUGGUUUGGGCUAUGGAUGAGAGCUUAGAGUGGCCGAGUGUUUGUUCACACACUUCCCCUCCUCUUCUGGGACAUAUGUAGAUGAUGAUGCACGGAAUGUAUAUGCCAUUCACUAGAGCUUGAA